CUACUACAGGAAAUCCGCGAAAGUCGAGCCGGCGCCAACCCCACAGUCCAUCGCAGAGAACACGAUACGACCAGAGAAAAUGGCCACCCAGAAAGCUGAGCCGCAAUGGAAGAAGAAUCUAUCCGCCCACAUCAUCUGCCCCGAGUGCAAAGAGGUCCCCCCGAAUCUCGAGUUCCCCGGCUCUCACGAAACUGUCUGCGGAUCCUGCGGGCUGGUGCUUGCUGAUCGAGAAAUCGACAUGCAUUCCGAAUGGCGUACCUUUUCGAACGAUGACCAGAACAACGAUGAUCCAUCUCGUGUUGGAGACGCAACGAACCCGCUACUCAAUGGUGACCAGUUGGAAACUCAGAUUGCCAGCGGUGGCUCGGGUCGAGUGCGCGACCUCUACCGCGCUCAGAACAAGCAGUCGAGUGAGAAGGCCAACAAGGCCCUCCUGGCGGCGUACAAGGAAAUUGGCGCGCUCUGCGACGGUUUCAAUAUCCAGAAGAACGUUGCAGACACCGCCAAGUAUCUGUUCAAGAUUGUCGAUGACGCCAAGGCUUUCAAGGGCAAAUCGCAAGACGUGAUCAUCGCCGGUUGUAUCUUCAUUGCGUGUCGUCAAUGCAAGGUGCCCCGUACCUUUACCGAGAUUUUCGCUGUCACGAAGGUCACGCGAAAGGAGAUUGGACGCAUCUACAAGGCUUUGGAGAAGUUCUUCACGGCUCAAAACCUCGAGCGGAUCAACGCCGUGGUUUCGAGCGGUGGUGUCCCCGAUCCCAACGACACCUACACCGCGACCACCUCCACCAAGCCCAGCGAUCUCUGCAACCGUUUCUGCAACCUUCUCGAUCUUCCCUUCCAAGUCACCAGCGUCUCCUCUGCUCUCUCUGAUCGCGUCACCACCAUGGGCGACCUGGCUGGCCGUUCUCCUCUGUCUAUCGUGGCCGCCUGCAUCUACAUGGCUUCGUACCUGAUGGGCCACGGCAAGUCCGCUAAGGAGAUCUCCCAGGUGGCCCACGUCAGCGAUGGCACCAUCCGUGGCGCAUAUAAGCAGCUUUACGCCGAGCGUGAGCGCUUGAUCGACCCCGAGUGGAUCAAAGAAGGCAAGGGUGACCUGAAGAACCUGCCCGCUAGCUAGAUCGUGAUGUCCUCCUCCCUUCUCAUUGAAGCAAAAGCCGUCCCCCCAUCCUCCUCCCAAAUCCCCGUAUAUCUAGUUUCAGCCUUCAAUGACUGGUGUGCGCCUUCAGACCAAAACAAAAAAGAAAAAAGACCAAAAAAAAAUCUCAAAUAAAAG